AGUAUAUAAACGCUAAGUUUCAGAUCACAAAUCAUACUCGACUUGAAGACUCAAGUGUCCAGUACAUCUAAUAUCACCUCUAACUAACAAAAUGAUUGCCUUCAAGGUUUUGUUUGCCGUCGCCUUCGUCGCCGUCGCCUUUGCCGCUGAAGAGCAAAAGGAGCAACAAGCCGUCGAGGAACAAGCGGUGGCCAGCACCGACUCUGACAGCAGCAAGGAUCUCCAAACGGCCGAGGGAACACUAGGAGCGUACGGAGCUUAUGGUGCUGGACUCGGUUACGGUGCUGGACUCGGUUACGGUGCUGGACUCGGUUAUGGCGGACUCGGCUACGGCAACGGACUGUACGGCGCUGGUCUAGGAUACGGUUAUGGAGCUGGUGCUGGCUAUGGCGGUUAUGGUCUCGGUUUGGGUUAUGGCGCCGGAUAUGGAGGUCUCGGCGGAUACGGCGGAUACGGAGGAUAUGGAGCUGGAUACGGGGCCGGCUAUGGAUCCAACUACGGACACAAUCACGGCAGUUCCGGUUACACCGCGAUUAACAAAGUCGUGAGCCACGGAUCAAACAGCCAUGGACACGGACACGCCCACGGACACGCCCACGGACUCGGAUACGGCCAUCACGGACUCGCCUAUUAACACCCAAAGAUUUCAAUUGCGUUUAUAAAUCUUUACGAUAAUAUUUACCUUUCAUCCAUGGGUGUUCUAAAUUUAAUAGCCACGAUACAAAUACAUAAUAGCUAAACGAAA